AGAUGAAGGCAACCUCGUCCAUGUCAUCCAUGAUCGAGACAGAAGAGACAAAAACCUGGUAACCGCCGGAUCAGAAGAAAACGAGGACAGGCGUUAUCUUUAGUGACAACCACAUAGGACAUAGCUCACUCUUCCAUCCCAACCCCUCCACGUGUGCCCCGAAACUUCCGUUGGUACCAGAUUAGCUCCACUCCCCAGUCGAUCAACUCCUCGAAUCCAGCACCACCACCACCACCUUCUCAUCCAAAUCCAAACCACCUUUUUUUUCUCCUUACAUUUUUCCUCCUUUUUUUUUUAAUAUAUUAUUUUGGAGUGUGGAUUUGUAUAUAAUAUAAAUACUAGUUGGUCGGCUGUGGAUUGUUUUUUGGAGGUUUUUAGUGACAGUGGUUUUGUGGGGAAAAAGGAAGGACGGCAGAGAAAAAUGGAUCAUGCAGCCGAUGCCCACCGGACGGACUUGAUGACCAUAACGAGGUUCGUGCUGAAUGAGCAGUCCAAGCACCCUGAGUCCCGCGGUGACUUCACCAUCUUGCUCAGUCAUAUUGUUCUUGGCUGCAAGUUUGUCUGCUCUGCGGUCAACAAGGCUGGUCUGGCCAAACUUAUCGGGCUUGCUGGAGAGACCAAUGUUCAGGGUGAAGAGCAAAAGAAACUGGAUGUUCUUUCAAAUGAAGUUUUUGUUAAGGCUCUGGUUAGCAGUGGCAGAACUUCUAUUCUUGUUUCAGAAGAAGAUGAAGAGGCGAUUUUCGUGGAGCCAAAAUUGCGUGGAAAGUACUGUGUUGUGUUCGAUCCACUGGACGGUUCGUCCAACAUUGAUUGUGGUGUUUCCAUUGGAACGAUUUUUGGGAUUUAUGUGGUUAAAGAUGGUGAACCUUCUCUUAAAGAUGUCUUGCAACCUGGAAAGAAAAUGGUUGCAGCAGGCUACUGCAUGUACGGAAGCUUUUGCACGUUGGUGAUAAGCACUGGAGCUGGAGUUCAUGGGUUCACCCUCGAUCCUUCUCUCGGGGAGUUCAUACUAACUCACCCAGACAUCAAGAUUCCAAAGAAAGGAAAGAUCUAUUCAGUGAAUGAAGGGAAUGCCAAAAAUUGGGAUGGCCCGACGGCCAAGUAUGUGCAAAAGUGCAAGUACCCGGAAGAUGGUUCAUCCCCGAAGUCUCUAAGAUACAUUGGAAGCAUGGUUGCUGAUGUUCAUCGGACAUUGCUUUAUGGCGGUAUCUUUUUGUACCCUGCUGAUAAGAAGAGCCCAAACGGAAAACUGCGGGUUCUCUAUGAAGUCUUCCCAAUGUCGUUCUUGUUGGAACAAGCAGGCGGUCAGUCCUUCACUGGCAAGGAACGGGCCCUUGACCUGGUUCCGACCAACAUACACGAGCGCUCUCCGAUCUUCCUCGGCAGCUACGACGACGUUGAGGAAAUCAAGGCACUCUAUGCAGCUGAAGGAAAGGAAUGAAACCUAUAAUUCUUGUUCUCUCAUCGUAAAUUACAUAAUUGUUGAACUACUCUAUUAGAUGAUAUCUGAAACGAGAGCUUACAAUAAUUUGUUGAUGCUUUACAACUCUACAAGGUUGCAAUCUUAAAUUCUGGAAAACCGCUUUAUUUUC